UUGACCUCUAUUCAAUUCUAGUGUUUUCAGGCUAAUGGAGGAGGAGAAUCAUAGUAUGGAGAAAGGAUUACUACUGGUAAAUAAGGCAGAGAGGAGAGAAAGCUCUGAAACUACGAUAACUCCAUUUCUCAUCUUCACUACUUUCAUCAUUGUCUCUGCCUCCUACAGCUUUGGCAUUGCCUUAGGUUUCACUGCCGGUACAAUGUCUUCUAUUAUGGAAGAUCUUGAUCUUUCUAUCGCACAAUUUUCAGUAUUUGGUUCGCUACUGACUUUUGGAGGAAUGAUCGGUGCAAUAUUUAGCGCGAUAAUUGCGGAUGCCUUCGGUCGUAAAAUGGUUAAAUAUUCAUUAUGGUCUCAAUGUCUCUAUUAGUGAAAUAUUUAAGCUCUGAACCCUUUGUAUUUUUGGUUAUAAUUAUUUCCUAGACGUUGUGGGUCGCCGAGGCAUUCUUCA